AUGUCAUUGAAUGGACUUGAUGGAGCUGCUGUCGCCGAUGCACACCAGGCUGCUCAGGCGGACGCAGGAGGAUGGUUCUUACUGAAAUAUGUCAAUCGCGACACGGUUGAUUUGUUGAGCAAGGGCACAGGGGGGGUGUCGGCUGUACGGACAGUGAUUGAACAAUAUGCAGAGAAAUCGCCCCUGUACGGGUUGGUGCAGUAUCGGCGCAAGAAGGUCGUGCUCAAAUAUGUGCCAGAAGGAACAUCUCGACUGCUGCAAGUGCGGCUUACCGUGCAAUUUCAAUCCGUCCUGGAAACCAUCACACCUCAUGACACCGUCUUCUCCUUCACCGCGCCUUCUGAAUUGUCCGAAUCCGCCCUCGGCUUAUGUACCAUGCUCUUACCCUCCGCCUCUUCACUGACCUCGUCAAGCUCUUCUCUGCGACGGCGUCGACUCAACGAGAUUACUGAAGAUGCUGAAGAUGCCGUGUUGCCAGCAGACGAGGACAAGGAGAAAGAGAAGGGGAACGUGGGCCUGGCUCUUCGCUUCCUAACACCAAAGCUGGAGGAGGCAUCAACGGUGACAUCGCCGGCGAGCGCGGCUUAUGGCAGACAUGAACUCGAUGAACUGCCGGCAAGCGCAGUCCUUGCAAAAGCUCUUCUGGCAAAGAGGAAAGAGGAGGCUGCCGCCGCCGCGAACAGCAAACCCACAAGCCCACCUCUACCAGACAAGAAUAUUCAUCCUCCGCGGAAAGAGAGUCUUCUCCCAUCACCCAAACCACCGGCCUCACCAUUACCCUCGCCUUUACCUUCCUCCAUCGUCGACAAGGAGCUUCCCGCGACGCCCGACCCGACGCCACCUUCUACUAGCGAAGGUGAAGGUCCAAGAGCUCCAGAUUUCGAAGCCACCAGCAACAUCCUUCUCGAGACCACUACAGCUACAGCAACAGCCGGCGCCUCUGAUCCGGCUACCCCUCGCCCUCACGCUCGUCAUCUUUCAGCAGCUGAAUCAGACAGUAUCAGCCAAUGGAGUAGUAACGUGGCAUCGUAUACAACAGUCAAGCCAAAGAAGAAAAAGCUGGGACCGCGACCUCACGUUGAGCCAAGUCAUCGUCCUAAGACGUCCGGAACAACAGACAGCGGCACAGGGAUACGGCCGGUGGCGAACCUUCCAACCUCGAUCCGUGUGAACAACAAGUCUCUAGUGAGCCUCGGUCUUCGGCCUGGCUCUCAACAGUCGAGUCGAAGCGUCCCUGGCCGUUUUGUUCCCGUCGGGCAGUCUGUCAGUGGUGCGCCGCCUCUGCCGUCGCCGUCCUACCUCCACGCUCCCUAUAAUGGUGGGGAUAGUCGCUCUGCAAUCCUCCGGCCUGCUUCUGUGACUGGAGAUGCUUCCUCAACCACACCAGAAAAGCUAAGAUUGAUGAAGGCCUUGCAAUUGCGGAAAAGGAACAUGCUCUUGGCCCAAAGAGCAGCUUCAGCCGCAUCAUCGACCCCGUCGACUACAUACAUUCACAAUGCGUCGGAGUCGGAUGCGAGCGCCAACGGUUCCAGUGCCCGUCUAUCAUCAAUUCCAAGUCAGGAGCAGCUCUCAAACGUCGACGAGGAGUCGAAGCUAACUCAGUCAUCUUAUACAACGUCGCCGACCAUUAUGACGAACAUUUCGGAAGAGCCUUCAACGAAAGCCUCUUCCUUCAGCGAACAGGAUGAUUGUUCCCGUACUCGCCGCUCUCUGUCAUCAGCUACAAGCUCCUCUCUCACGCCAAAAGCUUUCCCGCAGGACGACAAAACCGCAGUCAAGUCUGACGGGGCUCCAGUCGAUGUAACACCGCCGGCCACUUCGGAGAGGGUCACCUCAGAUAAUGAGGACAAUCAUGUUUCCAGGUCCGAUAUAAAGGCAGCCCUUGCUUACCUGGAAGCCAAACCAGCCAACAAAGGAGAUAAUCUCGUCUUAGAGAGCAAACCUGAACUAAACCUGGAUGCUGAGCAACAGCCUUCAAAUCCACCGCUCACACAGGAUGUAGAGUCUCCGAAGAAACCUAGGCGCUUGGGACCUCCACAGGCCCUAAAACUCUUAUCAGGGGGCAACGCGUCUACGUCAGACCUUUCAGAAGAUGAUUCCCUGAUGGACGAAAUACAGCACGCUACUGUCCAUGAGGCUAUGCCUGUCUCUGUGGCACGCUCGCCAGUGACUCCAAUAAUGUCCAAGGGGAGUUCAGAUCGUUUACGCGAUAUGGUUGCCAAACCGCCGACCUCCAGCCAUUCCACGGGUCGACCAAAUCUUGUAACAACGCCUGAUGGAACCAGGCCCAGCAGUGGUAGCGUACGAAGCAUUUCAACAGCGCUUCCACAGUGGCCGCCGUUACCUAUAGAGUCAGCCCAACUACCCCUUACCAAAAAGGCUACACUCGGAACAGGAAUUUCUAAACGCAUUAAAGCCUUGGAAGUCCUGAGGACGAAAGAUGCAAGCCCUCCACGACAGCCCCAGCCAAUCCGAGAGACAAGUGCCGGGACCUCUGCCUUCUCCACGUUCAUGAAGCGGUCAUCAUUCCUCUUGAAUCAGCAACAACCCCCAAAUGCUUCAACCGAAAACUCACCCCCAAAGCAACUGCCUCCAAUGGGCGCCCCGUAUGAGCCACUUCUAUCAGUCGCGAUAAAAGAACCACGACGUCCCCCGUCAGAUGCGCAUAAGCUCCAGAAAGGCGAGACCAUCUCUGUUACAGCAAGGAUUGUUCGUGAUUCGAGCAAUAAACACCCCCCCUUGGCCCCCAGUUCUAGCUAUCACACUCCCCUCAAUCUCUACCGAAGCCCUUUGAUCGUCGAACAUGAGAAGGCCGAUCAGCCGGCCUUGGAUCCGGCACUGGCGUCGAGUCAACCCAGGGUUAAAAGCCCCACGAAGUCGGAAAAGGGCCGGUUUUCCUUUUCAUCCCAUCGGUCAGGGUCUCAUACAAAUUUGCCUCGGUCGGAGUCGAAUCUAAGCAAAGUGUCCAAGUCGAGCCACCACAGACGCCAUGGUCCGCGAUCAGCCAGCGACGCCGCAUCGAUUUCCGAGGACAAACCGAAAUCCUCAAUGACAAGUAGACUCAUGAAGCGGAUGUCGAAUCUAGCGAAUGCGCGGAACAGGAACCAACCGGCGACAAAAGACGAGGUCAAUCAGUCGCAAGUUAAUAUUACGCAAGAACAGCACGACCUCACGAGGGAGAACUCGAUAGCAGAGUCAUUGAUGCAUGUUGUCGACAUUGGAGAUGUCAACGUACAAUUCCCCGAGUCAUUUUUAUGGAAACGGCGCUUCAUCAGAAUUGAUGAUCAAGGGUUCUUGAUCUUUUCUCAGCCAAUGACUGACGCGAAUUCGAAAAGUGUUAGUCGCAAGUACCACCUCAGUGACUUCAAGCGGCCUAGUCUACCGGAUCUUGAACGCGAAGAGAUGGCAUGGAGUGUCCUUCUUGAUUUGAAGGAUGGGAGAUGUGUGCAGUGUGCGUGCGAAAGUAAACAGGCUCAGCAACAAGUACUACAGAUGCUCGUUGACGCUCACAGCGCAUAUCACCAGUUAUAUGGAGCUGGAUGA